UAAUAAGACACUGGAGCUGAUGAAGAUGCCCCUCCAUGCCCCUCCAUGCCUCUCCCGCGGCUUCCGUAGCUCAUAGUCCUGCAAUCGGAUCAGGCAGCGCGCACAACGCGGGGGACGCAGGGGGGGACACGACUUCACUUCUCAAAGAGGCUACUCAGCGCCCUCCCGAUCUUCACCUCCAUUUUUCCCCAACUUUUUACAGGAAGACGCAGAAACCAAAUAAUACAGCUAUAUUUUUUUAACCAUGAGCACUUACACAGUGACACUUUCUGGACCUGCGCCAUGGGGCUUUCGCUUGCAAGGAGGCAAAGACUUCAACAUGCCCCUCACCAUUUCCCGGAUCACUCCUGGGAGCAAAGCAGCUUCAGGCAACCUGAGCCAGGGUGACAUCAUCGUAGCCAUCGAUGGUGUCAGCACUGAGGGGAUGACUCACCUGGAGGCUCAGAAUAAAAUCAAGAGUGCCAACUUUAACCUGGCCCUUACCAUGACCAGGUCAAAGCGUCCAAUCCCUGUCUCUAUGACUGCACCAAGAAUCGACACUUUGAUUCCUGUCAUCCCUCACCAGAAGGUUAUUACCAACAUGCCAAUCAACAAUGAGUACAUGCCCAGUUUCAACCCAAUUGCCCUGAAGGACACGGCUCUUUCCACCAACAAGCCCAUUGAGGUGAAGGGGCCAGGAGGAAAGGCCACCAUCAUCCAUGCUCAGUACAACACUCCAAUUAGCAUGUACUCGCAGGAUGCCAUCAUGGAUGCAAUCGCUGGUCAGUCUCAGGCCAGAGGGGCUGAAAUGUCCGGCGAUGAGGCUCUCUCUGGCACUUCUCUUCCUAGUCUGCCUGUUAAAGAGCGUGUUAUAGACAGUGCUUCCCCAGUGUAUCAGGCUGUGAAUGCCAGCGGAGAAGUGCUAGAGCCUGCUGAGUGGGCACGGAGAGCUGCACACUUGCAGUCCAAGUCCUUCCGCCUCCUCGCCCACAUCACCGGCACUGAAUACAUGCAAGACCCAGAUGAGGAAGCUCUUACAAGAGCGAGUACGCCUGUCCAGCAUGCUGCGGUCUCCACCAGCACGGCAUCUGUCUCUCUGUCCGCUUCUGCAGCUUUGCCCAAUCAGCUUGCCGCUGGGCUGCAGGUAGCCGAUCAGGUGCCUGAGCAGACUGCUGCACCCGCCUCUGUAGGCUCUAGCCAUGUCAGCUUUGUGUUACCCCCUGAGCCACAGGCUGCAUCUCAAGCUGAUCCUGUGGCUCACAAGGCCCAAGAGUCCCCUGUUCUCCCCCCUGAGGGGCCACGCCACCUAUCGCUUGCUGCAUCAACCAUUUCAACUGCUUUGACUGCUCAAUCUAGAAACCAUGUGUAUAAGAAAGGGCCACCACCCACUUCUGCGCUGGAGGCCCUGCCAAUCACUCCAUACUUCAGCAGCAGAGCUUUGCCCAAACGCAAGCAAUCAGGAAAAGCAAAGAAAGUGAGGUACAGACAUCCAUCUGGUUUAACAUCGUAGAGGGGUGUGCAGAGUGGCUGAGGAUGCUGGGAUAUAGGGCUACAAAAGCAGUGCUUUAAAUAGGACAUGUGACUUCAUAAUCUUUUAAAUCACAAAGACCUGAUUUUAAUUAGUGAUUUUUUUUGCAAAAAAUACUGGGUUUCUUGUGCUCUCCUAAGGUGGCCUGAGGUUUUGUGUUAGACAAUAGCUUUGUUUUUGGUGAAACCGUUUGAAGGUUUCCCUGGGAUUAAUAAAUAUAAAAUGACUUAUACUUAGUUCAGCAUGAAUGUAAAUCAUGACUUUAAUAAAAAUUGACAGAUUUAAUUUGAAAGAUUGACAGAAUUAUUGUAUAAUAUUUUCUACAAAUCGUAAUGACUGCUCUAAAUGACAAUGCGUGAUCCGUUGUACACUCAGCGUCCAUUUUUUUUAGAACAUCUGUACAUCACAUUCAUGCAAGUAUCUAUCUAGCCAUAUCAAGUAGCAGCAGUGCAGUGCAUAAAAUCAUGCAGAGAUAGGUCGAGAAUAGGUCUUUGUCUGGAAAAUCUACACACAAAAAAAAUCUAACCUGCCCAUCUAGAACCAGCAACCAUCACAGUCACUGAGAUCACUGAAGCUGGUCACCUGUAUCUCCAUGAUUUCAUGUAUUUCGCUGCUGCCACGAGAUUGACUGGAUGGAUAUUUGCCUGUGCAUGGGUGCAGGUGUUUCCUGUGAGUGUAUGAUGUCACUAAAAGCAAGCACUUAACCUCUGUAGUGGUCUAGAUACAUCAGCAGGCCUGGAUGCAUUUAAUAAGAGCUUUGAUUUGACAUAAAUCGUACAUUGUACUUCAUCAGCUGUUCAGUUUCUAUCCUCAUGAUGACCCAAAUGGUGUGAUGUCAUGACUCAGUAUCCUGGUAUGACAUUGAGAGUGAUUGUUGCUCACAGCUCCACCAUCCCACGCUCGCCAGUGUUCACUCUGCACGUCCCCAGCACUCUGCACGCACUCUCUCACACACAUCCAACAACACACACACGUGUACUAUACUAACCAGCAGCACUUCAUGAACUGUAAAACCAAUUGGCUUGAAUUUACUCAAACGGCGUAUGGAAAAUAUUUGCUUUUUCUCAUUUGACUUGUUUUAUCAUAACUGUUAAUUUUGCUAAGUACAACUGAUAAAUAACCCCUUAAUGUUCCAGCUAUUUUUCUCAAAAACGGCUAACAACUCAGUAACUACAGUGGUGCUAACUGGAAUGUUAUGUAGUGAUGAGUGUAAGUCUGUAUACAUUGACAGGAGUUCAAGGGGUUGCAUUUAAUAAUAACAUUUCAAAUGAGUCAAAACAGUGGCAGCAAGGCUAUUGUGUCUUUGUCUUUUCAUUUACAUGAUAAGCAAAUCAAUUGCUUCCUAACCAGCCUGAAAUCGCACAGAAGGCUUCAGGCAUGCAUUUUCAAUGUUCCUGCUCUGCUUCGUUUUUAAUUUAUGACUUCAUCAACCUUGAGGUUGAUGCAGUGUGGACUGGAGUGCAACUGAAACUAGUGUGGGGUGAUCAGAAUUUCUUAAAACAUACUAUAUACAGUACAUACAUUUAUUAAAAUGGCGCUUUUACUAGUUGAGUUUAGAUAAAUGAUUUUAAUGUACAGAUAAUAUACAGAGCUUCUUUUGAAAACAUGCUACUUAAGAUGAGAUGCAGGUUCAUGAAAUUAGAUACUUGUUCUAACCAGAAUUAGGAUGUGCUAAGGCAUCUAAAAAUGGCAUGGUGCUGUGGAGGGUAAUGUUGCCAGUUUGAUCCUGAACUCAGGUUGCUGUCUAUGCUGGGUUUUGCAUGUUCUUCCUGUGUCUAUAUGGGUUUCCUCUGGGAUUUUCAGGUUCUGAUUUUAGAGGUGAUUAUAAGUUUAUUAUAAAUUGCUACUGCUAUGCCAUCCAAGGUAAAUUUCCACCCAGUAUUUAAGCUUUUCUGACCAACAUGACAAUGACGUUACUGAAGGUAACUGAAUGACUAUAUGUUUUAGAUUUAAAAAAAUUAUAAUGAAUAGUUACUUUAGACCCCAUCACAUUAUGAAAUACUAAUUAGUUUUCUCUGAAUUAGUACACUUUACCAAAUAACAUACUGAUAACCAUGAAGUGUAGUGUAUUUAGCCAGAACUGUAUAAGUUUUAGUGUACUUCUUGGUAGCUGUGGUUAUCAAACUUUGAACUAUGAUUCCACCAUUCCAUCAAUUUAUUGUGGCUCUCCAUGUUUGACCAAAUUGGUGUACCCUUACUAACCACUUUCACAGGAACACCUAUAUACCUGCUGAUUCGUGCUAUUUCCCAAUCAGCCAGUCGCAGCUGGCAGCUUAAUAUUAAAAAACUAAUUUCUUGGCUGAUGCAACCCAAUGUGGUCUGCUGUUAUAGCACAACCAUCUUAAGGUUCAACAUACUGUGCUUUUUGAGAUGCUUCUCAGCAUUGUUGUAAAGAGUGAAACUGGUGUUCACAGGGUGUUUUUUGUCUUUACGCACCAUUUAAUGUAAACUCUAGAAACUACGAGUGAAAAUCCCAGGAGAUCAGCAGCUUCUGAAAUACGCACAUCAGGCCGUGUUCACCAUGUGAACGUAACUGAAGCUCUUAACUUCUAUGUGCAUGAUCUUAAGGUAAUGUGCUGCCAUAUAAUUGUGGAUUAGUUAAUGAAUAAGCAGGUAUACAGGUGCCUCUAUGAAAUUGGCUGGUGAGUGUAUAUAAAAAAUCAUGUCAUGAAUUUACUGUGGCCCUUAGGGAAACCAUGCCUAUUAAUUGUUCAUCUACAGAUUUACUAUUUAAAUUUCUGUUAAAUGUUAUACUAUUAAUAUUACAAAUUAUGACAUAGUAAAGAAGCUGUAGCCAGUUUUCGUUAAGGUUGGGAGUCAGGCGCUUUAUUGAGCAAGCCAACGAUGAAGAGCUUUUUUCUGUUUGGCUUGACAACCUUGUGUACAUGGACACAUCAGUAUAUGUUUGUUUAGGUCUUGCUGAGUGAAUGAGUGCAUGGUUUCUAUAGAUGAAAUGCCAUUGUUCCAUCCUGUUUUGUUGCCAUGUUCACUUAUUCUGUAACUUGGCACAGUCACCUUGAGACAUCUGCCUCUGCUGUCAUCAGGCCAAGCAGAGCCAGAAACAUCUGCCUAAAUGUGCAUGUAAAUGAGUGAAGUAUGGUUUAUGAAAUAAAACCUUUCUGAUCUGCUAUGUGAGAAAUGCUAAUGGAAUACAGAAAAUACUAGAUAUAAAGUUGGACUUCAUAAAAAAAUAAAUAAAAAUUAUAAUCUAACUGAACUCAAAUACAGCUAUAGGUGUACAUGGCUCCUUUUUUUUUUUUUUGGAAAUCGAAUUUCGAAUGUUGCUUUUUUUUCACACACUUGCACUAUCACUUUCUUUCACUG